AUGAUCGACAACAAAGAAAUCGUUCUCACCACUGGUGCCAACACUGGCAUCGGCUUUGAGACUGUCAAAGCUCUUUUCGCUUCUCCCAAACCUUACCAUAUUCUACUUGGAAGCCGUGAUCCUGCUAAGGGAGAGAAGGCUGUCGCCGAACUAGAGCACGAAUGCCCUAGCUCCAAGAGCAGUUUGGACGUUGUUCAAAUUGACAUCACUGAUGAUGAAGCUAUCGAGAGGCUCUUCGAACAUGUAAAGGAAAAGUUUGGAAGAGUUGACAUUCUCGUUAACAAUGCUGGCAACGAUCCCAAGAAAGCUCGCGAGCUUUUCAACAAGUCCUACGAUGUCAACGUCUCGAGCACGCAGGUCAUGACUUCGGCUUUCGCUCCUCUCCUCAUCGCCUCGAAAUCCCCGCGCCUCCUCUUCUUGACCUCCGGCCUUGCGACCCUCGAAGGUGCACACAAGUCAUACUUGACCAAGCUCGCGGGCGAGGUUCCCCGGGGCUGGCCCAAGGAGGGAAUCCGUACAGCUGUGGCUUAUCGAUCAUCCAAGACCGCCCUCAACAUGAUGAUGCUUUCAUGGCAUCAUCUCCUCAAGGGCGAUGGUGUCAGAGUCUGGUCAAUUAGUCCUGGCUUUCUGGCAACGAGCCUUGGAGGAAAGCCCGAGGUGCUGAAGAAGGCUGGAGCUGGUGAUCCAGCAACUGGUGCGGAGCUCAUCAAGAACGUUAUUGAGGGCAAGAGAGAUGAAGAUGUCGGAAAGGUUAUCGGACAGCCUGAAUGGGUUGGGGAGACUGGAAUCCAGGCAUGGUAG